CCCCUCCCUGUGCAGGUGGACGUGCUGGUGACCACGGCGGGGGGGGUGGAGGAGGACCUGAUCAAGUGCCUGGCACCCACCUACAUCGGGGACUUCCACCUGCGGGGCCGGGACCUGCGGGAGAGCGGCAUCAACAGGAUCGGGAACCUGCUGGUGCCCAACGACAACUACUGCAAGUUUGAGGACUGGCUGAUGCCCAUCCUGGACCGGAUGGUGGAGGAGCAGGACACGCAGGGCGUGCGGUGGACGCCGUCCCGGGUGAUCGCGCGGCUGGGGAAGGAGAUCAACCACCCCGAGUCGGUCUGUUACUGGGCCCAGAAGAACAACAUCCCGGUGCUGAGCCCGGCGCUCACCGACGGCUCCCUGGGGGACAUGAUCUUCUUCCACUCCUACAAACGCCCGGGGCUGGUGCUGGACAUUGUGGAGGACCUGCGGCUCAUCAACACCCAGGCCAUCUUCGCCCUCAAGACCGGGAUGAUCAUCCUGGGCGGGGGCCUGGUCAAGCACCACAUCGCCAACGCCAACCUCAUGAGGAACGGCGCCGACUUCUCCGUGUACGUGAACACGGCGCAGGAGUUCGACGGCUCCGACUCGGGCGCGCGGCCGGACGAGGCCGUGUCCUGGGGCAAGAUCCGCGUGGACGCCACCCCCGUCAAGGUUUACGCCGACGCCUCGCUGGUGUUCCCGUUGCUGGUGGCCGAGACCUUCGCCCGCAGCGCCGACGCCUUCCCGGUGCCAGGGGGGCACUGAGGGACUCCCCGGCUCGGGGGUGACCCCCACACGCAUCCCCAGGGUGGGGGACAGUGGGGUGACACCCCCUGGGAAGGGAGGGGGGGUACAGGAGACUUCCACACCUGCCCUCCCCUGUCCCCGUCCCCUUGUCCCCCAUCCCCUCCCCGCUGCUUGUAUUUAUUUGAGCUCCCAAUAAACCACAGCCGGGUCUCCACU